AUGAAUCGGGCAAGCUCUCCCACUUGUACUUUGGCUGGUCAGGGAGGGGUGGAUGCGACGCUGGUAGCGGUGCAGUGCAGCUCGGGACCUGGGGAUUCCGUUCCAAGUGGUUUAGUACCGCAGGGUGCGUCACACAGGUCUCGAAGUGUGUUUAACGUGGGAUCGAUCGCUACGGUGACUGACAAGUCUGGUCGACACGACCACAAGUUUGAACGAUUGCGGCAGAUUCGUUGGGUGAGGCAGACAACAGAACAAAGGACAGAGAGAAAAAUAGGGGACGUCGAUGCUGAAGGGCAGGGCGUGUGCGGGAUGGGUGUCCUACAAGUACAUCAUCUAGCGUCAGCCCAGAAACACCUUCUGAUAAGUCUAAUGAGGCUCAGCAAGCUAUGCUGUAUUUGGCGGGGGUGCAGAACAGAAGAAAGUUUUGGCAAGGCUUGA